UCGACAUUGGGCGCCACCGCAGCCUGCUUCAGUUCCCUCCACUCCUUGCUUCGGGUCGCCUUCUUCGACGAAUCUCCAGAGAAUUAGGGUUUCGAAACCAUAAUUCAGGGCUUCGGAGUCAUACUUCCGAGCUCUUCGAUCCGAGAUCUGAAGGUUUUUAAGCUCGUUUUCCUGGUGAUUUCCAAUGUCGAUAGCUAAAGUUAGCGGCAAGAGAAGGGGAUCGGGCUCCGAAUCGCUUAGAUCCAAGAAGAAUACUGAGAUACAAGACGUUGAUUUCGACCAAGAUCUCGAUCUCUCCAGUGAUAUCAAAGAGAUCCUCACAGCAUUGCAGCAGAUCAGAGAGAAAGCCCAGAAAGAUGGGCAGAAGAAGAAUGAGGAAACGAUUGGGAGUGUAGCUUCGGAGAUUCGAUCUGUCAUUAAUGAUGAAAAGACGAAAAUUGAGAAGGACAGGCAGGGUAUUCUGAAGGCUCUUUCAAAGAUUUCUAAAGAGUGCGAGAGCUCAUUGAAAAAUGAAUAUGCCAAGUUUCAAGCAGCUUAUGAGAACUUUUGCAGGGAAAAAGUCGCACAUAUGCAGAAUUUGAAAGUAUUAGGCGCUAGUUUGGUGUAUUCUGCAGAACUGUUUUCGAAAUACGAAGAUGAGAAGGAUAAACUAUAUGCCCGUUAUGAACAACAGCGGAAGAAGGAAAAAACUAAUCUGUCGGACCUUGAGAAGGCUUGUGCCGAGAAGAUAGCCAGAGCAGAAGAAUCUCUGAAAAGGAAGAAGCAGGAUGACAAAUCUUUCAACAUAUUGCGCAAGUCUCUUGGCUCAUUUCUGGAAGGUGCAUCCGAUGAUGAUUUUGGGCCUGAUGAAUGAGCCUUGAUCACCAGUAACUACUUUUGGAUAUGGGGAAGCAUAUACUUCUGUAUAUAAACCUUAUUCCCUUUGACAUCAUCUAUCUUCUUCAACCGAAGAUGUUGCCAAAUUGUUGGAUAGUGAAUUGGGAUUAAAAUUUCUCAAUGGUAAUUCUGUUUUGUUAA